GAAGCAGUUAAUCAUGAUUAUAUUGGGAUUGAUAGCAUUGGUGGUUUCCAGCCCAGCCGAAGAUUUCCGGAGGAAAUCUGAAAUGCCGGGUUCAGGAUUGAUCGCCGGAGGAGUAGAUGCCGAUGUUGCCGAUUAUCCCUAUCAACUUUCGUUACGAUUGGAUGGAGAACACUUCUGUGGCGCUUCUGUGAUUUCGGACCAUUGGGCUCUAUCGUCUGCCAUAUGUACUUUUAGGUGGCAGGAUGAGGUUGAACGGUAUGCCCUCAAAGGUGGUUCCAGCAAUCGAUUGGAGGGUGGUGUAAUUUUUCAAGUCGCCCAAAUUGAGGUGCAUCCAGAAUGGAACUUCAUGACCUAUGAGUAUGACGUAAGCGCCCUGAGGACGGUGGAAAAUAUGAUUGGUGGCAUCAUCAUGGCAAUUCCCUUGGAUCCAGCCGGAACUGAACAUGCCCACGGAUCACGAGCUGUACUCUCCGGAUGGGGACGUGUGGAUCCAAGCAACCCUAAUUUACCCAUCAUUCUGCAACGAUUGGACAAACCAGUUUUGGGACAAGUCGAGUGUGCGGCCCAAUUUAUGGGUAUGAUCAGAGAUAGUAUGUUGUGUGCGGGUGGUGAAUCUGGACGUAGCGCCUGUCAAGGUGACCAGGGUAGUCCGCUAGUCACCGGGGGUCGACAGAUCGGUGUAUACUCCUUCGGAGAGGUCAUGUGCAUCGGCCACGAAUCGGGUGUUUAUGCAAAGAUUGCCUAUCCUACAAUCCGAUCUUGGAUCACGGAAGUUACUGGAGUUUAAUCAGAGAAAAAAAAGGUAGUUUGUUUCCAGCACUUUUUUCACUUUCUACCGUCAACCAAACGUUGGCUCUGACUUAAUGCAAUUUGGGAGUUAAAUAAACAUUGUCUUCUAAAUUUGCCCUGCUGUGGUGUUGCCUUCGAGAAAACCAGAAAAUACUUUCCCAGACUUCGGCAAGCGUCAACUGGAUGAAACUCGACGACAGAUGCCAUAGCGUAAAGCAACCUUAUGGGGGAGUCAAGCUUUUGGCAUGCGUUUGCGUAAACUCAACCACCACCCCGAAAUAAAGUAGGAAAAAUAACAGGACGAUGGAGAAAAAAAACAGCAACAUCCUUA